AUGUCCUCAUGCACCUACAAACAACUUCAAUGGGAACCGUCUUCCAGAGACCUCUUCAACAAUAGAAUCACCACUAUAAAAAGCCUACGCAAUGCUCUUCCAGACUCAACCUUCCUUGCGAUUGACACAGAGCAUGUCGCCAUAACAAACGAAAAGGACCGCAUCCUCCAUCAAGUUGGCCUUGCGCAUCUUCCAACAUUACAAGAUUCCUCUCAGACGGAUACCACCAACCAGCCGUCUCUGCAAAACUUUUGCACCACAAACCAAAUCCAAGCCUUAACGCUUAAUAUAAACAUACCCAAAGAAGAAUUAGAUACCUUUAUUUGUCUUAGGGGUGGUAAAAACAUGCCAGCUCGCCGCUCUCACCGCUUCGGCCAGCAGCAACAAGUCAAUCUUGAGAAUUUAGAAGCCGCUAUCGUGGAUUUCAUUCAGGGCUGCCCUCGCAAAAAGACAAACCUAGUGCUAAUUGGAUUUGAAAUGGCGGCCGAAUGGACAUACUUGUACAAGGCUUUCCCUCGGGCCAUGCCCUUCUUUUCGGCCUGGAUGGAUCUUCGUGACAUUGUUCAAGACAUCACGUCGUCGGUUGGGGUUAUCCCCGGACUUGUAUCUUUACUGCAGACCGUCGGAUAUCACUGGAAGGAUGUUUAG